CGUCAUUCUCUUCUGCAGCUAAACAAGGAACACUGUCAUUCCAUGUAUGAAAUACUUGAUGCUCUCAACGACCCUCAGUCUUCCACCAAAUAUUUAAUACUCUUGCAUUGCUACUAUUUCUUUGUCGGCUUCUUUCAUGAAUGCCUUUUUUUUUUUUUUUUCCUUUCUUCCUCUUUCUGGUUUUCCCUAAUAAUUUUACUCUUCCUUUCCCUUUCUGGGAUUUUCCCGUUUCAUAGUUUUGAUCUUUGAAGCUACAAAUCAUGCAAGCGACUCAGGCUGCCACGAAUGAAACUUCUGAUAAUUCACAAAAGACUGACCUUCAGCUAAACAAAGAAGUGUCGGAUAAUGGACCAAGUGGGAGGCGGCCAGAUAUUUCACUUCAAAUCCCACCUAGACAUUUAGGGCUUGGAAGUACACGUGGUGUAAGGUCUCUGGACCAUUCUCAAAGUUUCUCUAAAGUGAUUCCAUCGCCACGAGGCUUUUUGCGGGCGCUGAGCCUCAAAAGGAAAGGCAAAACAGGAGAGGCUGAAAGAAGCAGCCUCCUGUAUUCAGAUCCCAAGGCAGCUCCGGACAGUCCAAAUACGGCCAACUUUACAUCUGCAGUUUCAUGGACAAGAUGCACUUCUCUUCCUGUGACACCUGCUACAAAUCUGUCCCCUUCAAUUUCUACACCUGCAUCUGCAAGGACAUACAGCGAACAGCCUAAACACCAUAAAGCUCCUGCUGCUUCAGGUUCCAAGGUUUCAAGGUCCCUCUCUGUGCCUGGGCGGAAUAUGGUUAUUGUAAGAUCUUUGUCUUUCGCUGCCCAUAGUGAGCAUGCACAGCAAGAUCAGAAUGAUGAUCAAAUAACUCCUGUGCCAGUGGAAGAUGCUGAUGAAGAAAUUCCUGAAGAGGAAGCAGUUUGCCGAAUCUGUUAUGAUGUCUGUGAUGAAAGGAACACCCUCAAAUUAGAGUGCAGUUGUAAGGGCGACUUAACACUUGUUCAUGAAGAAUGUGCAAUUAAAUGGUUUACCACAAAAGGAAAUAAGAAAUGUGAUGUUUGUUGUCAAGAGGUUCAGAAUUUACCUGUAACAUUGCUUCGUUUGCCGAGCUCUGCUCAGACAGGAAGGAGACAGGUGCAGGGUGAGCAGAGCAUGCAUCCUGAGACAAUAAGUGCUUGGCAAGACUUUGUGGUGCUUGUCCUAAUAAGCACAAUAUGCUAUUUUUUCUUCCUCGAGCAGCUACUGCUUCCUGACAUGAAGACUCAAGCAAUCAUUAUAGCAGCGCCAUUUGCUUUUACCUUGGGUCUCCUGGCAUCCAUUUUUGCAGUCAUCCUUGCAAUAAAAGAGUAUAUAUGGACAUAUGCUGCUCUCGAGUUUGCUCUUGUGGCUAUAACCGUGCACCUGUUCUAUACUAUGGUACAUUUGAAGGCCAUAUAUGCAAUACUGCUUUCAUCAGUUCUGGGUUUUGGUAUGGCUAUGAGCAUCAACUAUGCAUAUAUCCAGUAUGUUUCUUGGCGUCUUCAAGUUCCCCAGGAUGCCAACCCAGUAUGAGUCUCCUCGACAAGGUUUUUCUGUUUAUCUACUGACGUCACGACCUUCCCUGUGUUUACCAAUCAAUCAAAUGUUGUAUCCUCUCUCUCUUUCUAUAUAUAUAUAUAUAUAUAUAUGAUGUCAUGUAUUAGGAUUUGAAGGCAAGCAAGGAAAACAGAUUGUCUGGACUUUUUUGUUUAGGCAGUCUUUGUUCUAAAGAGGAUUUUACUGUUAAUAUCUAAGAUGAGUAAAUUUUCAUGCUAAUGGAUGCUGUGUAGCUUUCUGCUCAUCAAGAUAGGAUGAUGUUAAGUA